AUCGAGUCACAUUCCUCCUAUCAAAUGUCUGCAUUUUUGCCAAAGCUUCCCUAUAAAGUCCUAUUUUAAUUCGUUGUCAAUUUUCUCACUGUGAUUAAUUUCUUCAUGAUUUAUAUUUUUCAACAGUUGUCAGGUAGUUUUACAGAAUAUUUAUAAUGAUAGUUUGGCAGAUUGAAGUGAGUUAGAUGGAAAUACAAUCUGUCUGGAGGGAUUGAUUACAACUAUUCUUAAAAAAAUAAAAAUCGAGUUGGGACAAGGGAUUGUGUCUGCGAGACAGAGCUAUCUGACAACAACAUUUGGAUUAAGCCCAAUGAGUUAGGGGUGGGGUAAAAUAAUCUCCAGGAGUAUGUUUAAUGGGUCAAAGUGGACUUUGUUGGCAUGGGAAUUGUUUCCUCACCUCUAAACACUGAAGAUAAUGUCUGUCCUUGGACACUUGGUCAUCUUUUGCAAGUGUACAGCCCUUCUCUCGCUGAGGAUUUUGCUUCUUGUGCCCGCAGGCUUGCCUGUCCACAGUCAAGGCGAUUCUCAAUCUGACAAAAAUUUUAUGGACAAUAUUACCGUCAGACAAGGAGAGACAAUCUUUCUCAGGUGUCCACAGAGGGAAAUUGUCACGCACACAGCAUGGCUAAAUCGGUCAAGUAUACUUUACGCCGGAGAUGAAAAAUGGUCCGUGGAUCCAAGGGUGAGUCUGGUGACACUUAAUCAAGACGAGUUUACCAUCAAGAUCGAAAACGUGGACAUGACAGAUGAGGGGCAGUAUGUCUGUGCUGUCCAGACCAGCAGGCGACCUACAACAAAUGUGGUGUACGUCCUCAUUCAAGUACCACCAAAAAUCAUCAAUCUCGAGAGAGAUAUUGUGGUUAAUGAAGGUUCCAACGUCUCGGUGCUGUGCCAAGCCCAGGGUAAACCAGAGCCUUCUAUUAGCUGGAAACUCAUCACAUCUUCAGGGGACCUGGCAACAGAUGAUGAGUACCUGGAAAUCCCAUCUAUCACCAGAAACAGAGCAGGAACCUACGAAUGCACAGCUGUCAACAACAUCGACGCAGAUACCCAAACUAUCGACAUCACCGUCAACUAUGCUCCAACUGUGUCUGAUGGAAGAGAUAUUGGUGUGAAACUGGGACAAAGAGGAGUGUUGGAGUGUGAGGCUGAUGCAGUGCCUGAACCUGACUUUGAGUGGUACAAAGAUGAUAGAAGAUUCAUCAAUGGCUUGGACGGCAUGGAGAUAGUGAAUACUGGAUCGCUGUCCAAACUGACAUUUUUUAACGUGUCCGAUAGUGACUAUGGUAACUACACUUGUGUUGCCAUCAACAAACUUGGGAGUUCUAAUACAAACUUUAUAAUUUAUGGAUCGAGAGCAGUUCAGGAUGGCAGUGGAUCUGCACUGGGUGUGCACUUGGACACCUACCUCCUCACCAUACUGUUUCUGCCCUUUCUGCUCAAAUUUUGAAGAGGAAUGGAUUUCACCAAGUUUUGAACGUUUGAGCAAAAAUGACUUUUUUUUUCAAAAUCUGCAAACAUACUGAUGCACAGCAGUCCACAAAGUUGCUCUGUUAUGAUGUUAUCCCAUACAUGUGAUCUAAUUUUAGACAGUUGUCUUUUUCUCUUUGAAUUACCCUAUUUUCUGCACCAUAAGGCGCUUCGGAGUAUCAGGCGCACCUUCGAUGAAUGGCGUAUUUUAAAGCUGCUUUAAUAUAUAGGGUGCACCGCAUUAUAAGGCUCAUAGAAUAGCUACAGGAGUGGCUGUGUUUGCGUUCGGCAUCCUCUCGAUGGAGCUAUGCUAAAGGAAAUGCAAUACAAUAUAACACAGCUUAAUUCUCAUAUAGAGUCUUCACAACUGCUCUGGCAGUAACAAAGCACUUUACAGAUCCCUGUGUGGAGUUUGCAUGUUCUCCCCGGGCCUACGUGGGUUUUCUCCGGGUGCUCCGGUUUCCUCCCACAUUCCAAAAACAUGCGUGGCAGGCUGAUUGAACACUCUAAAUUGUCCCUAGGUGUGAGUGUGAGCGUGGAUGGUUGUUCGUCUCUGUGUGCCCUGUGAUUGGCUGGCAACUGAUCCAGGGUGUCCACCGCCUACUGCCCGAAGACGGCUGGGAUAGGCUCCAGCACACCCCGCGACCCUAGUGAGGAUUAAGCGGUUCAGAAAAUGGAUGGAUGUCCCAGUAAUACCAAAUAUUUUCCAUAUGUAAGGCUUAUAAGGCACACUGUAGGCUUUUGAGAAAAAAAUGAAUGCUUUUAGAUGCACCUUAUAGUGUAGAAAAUACGGUAUUUCUUUUUUAGAUGCAACAAAUGUUUUGCAAUUUCAUUGGAUUUCCUCAAAGCUUUUCAAAAGAAAUGUGUCUUGUCUGGUAUUCAAGUCGACUGUGAAUUUGCUUACACUGAAUUUGAUAUUCAUAUCAAAUGCAGGAAGAGUAAUAUUUAAAGGAUGUGUUGGAAGUGAAUUUUAAAUACCUCAAGGUGAGCUAGAGAAAAGAGAGAAGAGGAACAGAUUUUGUUAAGCCUGGAGCUGAAAGUGUGAUUUUGUGUGUCUGUGUGUCUGUGUGUGUGUGUGUGUGUAAAACAUUCGUGUUUACUUUUGCCAUGUUAAUGUUUUUAUUGUAUUUAUUAUUUUUUAAAUCCAGAUAACUAAAAUAUAUUUGAAAUGAUAAUUUGAAGUUGUAAUUUUUAGGGCAAACAUCCUUGUUUUCGUCAGGUCUUUGAUGUCUCUUUUGUUUUUGCUAACAAAGAUGUUUAUGGAUGAAAAAAGGUGAAAGCAUAAUUUUACAUUACAAUGAGGUUGUUAAAAAUAUGAGGAGGUCAUUUUUUGUGAAAUCCGCAUGGGUUUAAAAUGCAGCUCAUUCAAACUGUUGCUGAUCGUUUUAACACAAUCAUCAUAAUUGUACAUUUCCCCAGGGUGGGACAAAUAAAAGAUAUCUUAAUAAUCAACAUAUUCAUGGCUCUGUUAGAUAUACUGUAUUUAAUUACAAAUAAAUCAAAUAAUGUAUCACUUUAUUCUACACUCAUUUUUGCUGUCAUCAAACUGCCCUUUUCAUCUUGGAUAUUUCUACAUUUAUAUUUAAAUUAAAGGAAAAAAUAAAUAAAUGUAUCUGAACACCA